AUGGCCUCCAAAACCUUUCUUCGUCGUUGUUCUUCUUCUUCUGAAACCAAAAUCUCAUCUUUAUUCACAAAUUCAAGUAAAGUGACUACAACUAUACCACAAGAUUCAAUAUAUAACGUUGAAGAUGGAGCGAAGCUCGAUAUAUUCCUUCUGAAAGACUGUAAACAAGGUAAUAUUAGUCUUGGUGACGCACGCUAUUUCUUUUGUUUAAUGACUCAUAUGCAACCCAAACCACCGAUUUCAUCAUUCAACCGAUUGUUUGGAGCUCUUGCUAAGAAGAAGUUUUAUAAAGACGUUAUUUUACUAUACAAACGACUGGGUUCAAUUGGGUUGUUGCCAGAUUUAAUUACUUUGAAUAUUUUGAUUAAUUGUUUUUGUAAUGUGGGUCGAGUUUGUGAUGGUUUUGUUGUUUUUUGGAGGAUUUUGAGGUGGGGUUUUAACCCAGAUGCUGUAACUUUUAAUUCUUUGAUUAAAGGUUUGUGUUUGGAGAAUAGGAGUAUGGAGGCUACGGAGUUGUUCAAGAAAAUGGAUGUGUUUGGGGUCAGGCCAGAUAUUGUUUCUUAUGGUAGUAUUAUCAAUGGUCUUUGCAAAGAUGGGUUGGUCGAUAUGGCUAAAGAAUUGUUUUCGGAAAUGAAGAGUAGAGGAAUUAAGCAAAAUGUGGUUGUUUGUACCUCUCUAAUUUACGGUUGGUGUUUUGUGGGAAAUUUGGAGGAGGCUGAGAGAUUGUUUAAUGAGACGGUGGAUCAAGGUUUGCAGCCCAAUUUAUUGACAUAUAAUACAAUGAUAAGUGGGUUUUGCAAGGAGGGGAAGAUGGAGGAAGCUAAUGGGUUGAUGGAAUUGAUGAUUCAAAGAGGUUUGCAGCCUGAUGUGGUGACUUUUAAUUCAAUGAUAAAUGGGCAUUGCAAGAAGGGGAAUACCGAGGAAGCUAAUGCGUUGUUGGAAUUGAUGACUCAAAGAGGUUUGUGGCCUAAUCUGGUGACUUUUAAUACAAUGAUAAAUGGGCUUUGCAAGGAGGGGAAGAUGGAUAAAGCUAAUGGAUUGUUGGAAUUGAUGAGUCAAAGAGGUUUGCAGCCUGAUGUGGUGACUUUUACUACAAUGAUAAAUGGGCUUUGCAAGGAGGGGAAGAUGGAGGAAGCUAAUGGGUUGUUGGAGUUGAUGAGUCAAAGAGGUUUGCAACCUGAUGUGGUGACGUGCACUAUAAUGAUAAGUGGGCUUUGCAAGGAAGGGAAGAUAGAGGAAGCUAAAGAGCUGUUGGAAUGGAUGAUUCAAAGAGGUUUGCAGCCUGAUGUGGUGACAUUUACUACAAUGAUAAAUGGGCUUUGUAAGGAGGGGAAGAUGGACAAAGCUAAUGGGUUGUUGGAAAUGAUGAGUCAAAUAGGUUUGCAGCCUAAUGUGGUUACUUUUAAUGCAAUGAUAAAUGGGCUUUGCCAGCCUAAUUUGGUGACUUUUAAUACAAUGAUAAAUGGGCUUUGCAAGUUGGGGAAGAUGGAGGAAGCUAAUGGGUUGUUUGAAUUGAUGAAUCAAAGAAGUUUACAGCCUGAUUUGGUGACUUUUAAUACAAUGAUAAAUGGGCUUUCGAAGGAAGGGAAGAUGGAGGAAGCUAAUGGGUUGUUGGAAUUGAUGAGUCAAAGAGAUAUUUGAAGCAGUAUGGUAGGAUAAUUUGAUAAUGACGUGCCAAAGAUCUCAAGGCAUUGAAAUUUUCUUGAUCCAACCAAAGGUAAAUGCGUUUUGAUAAGUUUAACAUUAUCAAGAAUAUCCAUCAAUCAAAAGAAAGCAACACUAGAACUAAUUACUAAUUACUGUUCCAAG